GACACACCGGGCUGUAGCGGGUCACAGGGGUCCAUCCGAGCCCAGAGUCUGGUUCUUUACUUCUGUUGUGGACGGUGAAGCCUCUAGCGCGGCGGAGACAGCGGACAUGUCGGUGAAUAUGGACGAACUGAGGCACCAAGUGAUGAUCAACCAGUUUGUUUUGACGGCUGGAUGCGCCGCGGAUCAGGCGAAGCAGCUCCUCCAGGCGGCCCAUUGGCAGUUCGAGACGGCCCUCAGCUCCUUCUUCCAGGAGGCUAACAUCCCUGGACACCACCACCAGAUGAUGUGCACUCCCAGGAACACUCCGGCCACGCCGCCCAACUUCCCGGAUGCCAUCACCAUGUUCUCCAAGCUGCGUGCGUCAGAGUGUGGCCCCGGGGCCGGCGGCGGGCCCUCCCAGGCGGCAUCCAUGGCCUCUUCCCCCCCGGCCCCCUCCUCCACGUCAGGCUUCGGCUCCUUCUGGGCGUCCUCGCCGCCGAGCCACCAGCCGGCCUGGCUGCCCCCGUCCUCGCCCACGGGCCACCACCUGCACCACCACUACCACCACAUGCAGCAGACGCCCAUGUGGCCCCCCGUGUCCCAGCCCAGCGGCUCCCAGCAGCCCCCCGUUGUAUCGGCGCUCCACGGCCAGAGAUGAGAGCGAGCGGCGAGGCCGGGCAGCGAGGCCGAACGUUUGUGGAGGGCGGGAGGAGGGUGACGGGUUUAUGUGGAGUGAGAGGAAAUGGAAAAAGACAAAGAAACUGUUUUCCUCUCUUGUUUUUUUAAACUGAUGACUCAGCGGGAGACGCUCUUCCUCGCCGUCUUUGUCACAAGUCAUCCACGCCGAGGAAGAACGCCGAGGGUCUCUGACUCCUGAGAAACUGUUUCAUCGUCAGUGUGAACGAGCCCGGGACCCGCAGAGCCCUCUGAGGAUCGGAGCCAUGAGAUCCACUUUAUUUCUUCUAAUAGAAACUUUUCUUUUUUCAGAAACAAACAGCAGGAAGUCAUCGGCAAUAACCAGCAGGUCAACAAACAGACAGGACAGAGUGUGUGUAGGGCUAGAGACGAGCGUGUGUGUGUGCGAGUCUGAGCUCUUCAUGUUUCACCUUCACAUAUUCAGCAGCUCAAACAGCGACCUGGAUGAUUAAAUAUUAUUUCUGCUGCACAUUAACAAACAUUUUAAUUAGUUUCUCAGCAGUCAACAAACAGAGAGGGGCUGAGCUCAGUUUGUACCAAAUUAAUAACUUUUAUAAUCAGUUUCAGAGGCAUUAGAUGUUUCAUGCGGCUGUGAUGUCAUUUAUGAUGUAUGCAGUUACUUUUGUUACUUUAUCAUGUAGUUAGAGAGAGAAAAACUCUCCAAUCAAAACAUUAAAAAAAACAGCAGACAAAACUUUUGGAUUAAAAGUUUUUGUUAAGCAUUAAUACAUUUUUAAUCAAAAUAUUGUUUUACUUGCUGAUAAAAAAAUUUCUGAUUGUAGUAUGGAGUUUUGGCUGCACAAUAAAGACACAGUGACUCCAUGCUGCAUUAAAGUGAAGUUAAAACUUUUACUUUUGUGGGCAGACAGAAAGAACUACAGCUCCAAUGAAACUACUAGUGGGGCCUGUGGGAUUAUGGGAAAUGGUGUCCGCUAAAAACUUUGAAUAAACAAUGUUAUUUUUAGUAAAUUGCCUUCAUUAUCUCAACAUGUGAAAUGAAGCAAACUAUGUGCUGUUGGCCACAUUUAUUAUUGGCUCAAUAUCUGAAUAUAUACAGACAUGAUUUUAUUUUUUAUACAAAACAAUGUUUCUUGUGUCGGACAUAUUUCUGACGACCUGGAUCAACAAAUACAGUCACAAGUUUAAAAAAAAUGUAUAAAUUUGGGCUGUCAAUCUAGUCCAAAAAAACCCUCCAAUAAGUAAUUAAUCACACAAUUUGCUAGAAUUAAUCACACACAGACUGUAGCUUGUAUAUAAUAGAUAUUUGUCUGUAAAGAGGAGCGUCAAGUUUACACACAGAACCUGUUUUCAUUCAGAUAUCUGGAGGUCAAAGGUCAAGGGACGUCUUUGAAAACAGCGAUUUUUCACUUGCUUAAAUUUAUGUGAUAUUUCACCUGGCCGUGGAACCAGAGGGUUCCCAACAUUUUCAUUAUAUCUUUAGAAACUCAGUUUUACAUUUUUAAACACUGUAACUUGACAGGAUUUGAAGAAUUUCUAUCUAUUAUAUAUCUAUCUAUUUUAUGUUGCAGCAGACAGAAUAUUUCUUCAUGCAGACGACUAAAAGAGUGUAGAACGUGUGGAAGUGCAGAGGUGAAACAUGAGGCUGGUGUCAGAAACAAACACACGGUGAAUGAAGAUGAACUGUAAAGUAAUAAUAUGAUUGAUGAGUUUGGUAGAACGGCAAUAAUUUGAUUAUUUUGAAGAGCUGCCACAUUUAUGUAGAUUUUAUCAGUUAUGAAUCAAAAACUUUCACAGGGUCGUUUCUGCUUCUGAAGUUUGAAACUUGGAGGCACCAAAAUUUAUAUAAUUUCUUUUUUUUUUCUUUUGCAUUCUUGAUUGUGUUUUCUGGGGCAGAUGUUCUCAGUUUGUUUGCCGUGGGUUAUCCCUGACUGGCAGGAGAAUCGGUUUAAUGUUCCUUAUUGCUAGAAAACCUUGUGAUGAUGAGAAAUUUUGUAAAUAAAGCCAAACGAUUUCUGAUGAUGAACUCACAAAAAAGCACAUUUUAAUCAGAUUAUUUUGAGAAUAUUUUGGCGGUGAGCUGCUGGUACCUCUGUGUGUGUGUGUGUGUGUGUCUGUGUGUCUGUGGGGGGUUCAGAGGCCGAUUCAGUGAUUUUCCACACAACCUUUCAGACGCUCAACCACUCCUACCUCUGUCUGUGUGAAUGGGAGAGGCCCUGUGUGACGGAUCAGAGGGUUUAACACGUACAAACUGCUGAAGAAUCCCAGAAGACUGCAGGAACGGCUGAUUGUUCACAUCCACUCACAAACAAAAACAAGACUCUUGAUACAUAUUUUUAAAAGUAGAUUAGUCUAAAUAGUGGGAAAAAAAACAGAAAGUCACCUUCACAAGAAAGAGGAAGCGGUUAUUGUCUGAUUUCACGACUUCACACAGACAAUCAGCUGUUUCUGUCUCUGAGCUGUUGGAGCCCUGAUUAACCCCUUCACGUCCUGAAAACCUGCUCAGAUCACAUGACGAUGCGGAGAUGAAUGAAAUGAGGAAAAGCAUCUCUUACUUUGUUUUGUAAUGUUUUGACUACAGACAUGUUUACUUCCCUUUCUCUGGGUGAAAACAAGUUUUUUCAGGUUUUUACAUUUUCAGAUGAUUCUUCCUGGUGAACAUUGAAGCUACAGUAUCAUCAAGGUUCAUUUUAGUCAAUCUGCCUCUUUCUUGAUUUGGGAAACAAACAUCAUUUACUCUCAUGUAAGACGAGUAAAAGCUUGUUUACCUCGUUGAUUCUGUGAGCAGUUAAAUACAGCUGAUGUGUUCUUUUUUACCUCCUGUUCAACCUUUGCUCUGCUGGUAUAUUUUCUCUUCUAAUCCAUGGCUCUUUUAUAGAGAUUUCUCUCAAGUACUUUCUGUUCAUUUCCUUUGUUGAGAUUUGUAUUUAUAUGUUUAAUAAAACACGGUAUGAUCUGCUA